AUAGUUUGUAACCGCUUGCUUUAUUUCAUUGUCUCCUUUCUUUCUUUCUUUCUCAGAACAAACCUCUUGCGUGUUCAAGAUCGAUUCACAAGGCAAGCACGUUUUUCAACUCCUGCGUUUUUCUUUCUCAGCGACUACACCUCAAAAUGCCCCUGAUGCGGACAAGCGGCUCUUCCCACAUCAUAAUCUUUUUUAUGAUUCUAUGCAUUGCUUCUGCUAUUACUUCAGAAGAAACUAUUAGUUCAGCUGCUCCUCGAUGGGCGAAGGAGGAAGCUUGCUUUUUCGAGUACUAUCCUGGCUGCCACGACAAAUCAUGUCACCAACAGUGCAGUGGCACACGUCCUUACACUGGUGGUCGAUGUGUAUGUGCUUCGCAAUGCAAUAUUGGAAAAAAAUGUUGCUGCUAUAAGAUGUCAUAUUCUAGCAUCAAGGGCAUUUUGGGAAUUGUGGAUUGAAGAGUUUAUUUAUGCUGAAGUGAAGAUUGUAUUUUACUUUUUAGAUUAUAUUAGGAUUUAAUUUCAGAAUAAAAUUAUCUUUAGGAUUUGAUCUCAGCUUUAUUUAAGGAUUUGUGUUGUGACAA